ACCAGACUACUAGAGUGUUUCCAUAAACAAAACAGAACCACUUUCUUUCUCUCUCUCUCUCUCUCUCUGAACCAAACAGAAGAAUAAUGGUAGAGUCUUAGACCAGAGAAACAAGAAGAAGAAGAAGAAGAAGAAGAAGAUAAAAGACAAAGAAGAAAACGCUCCUCAUCCUCCUCAUAACAACAACAAUCACAAAUAUCAUGUGAAUAAGUGUUACCAAUGAAUAAAGCAAGCUCCAUCUCUCUCUCUCUCUCUCUCUCUCUCUCUCUCUCUCUCUCUCUAGGUAAAUCUGUAAUCAUCAUCAACCUUCAACCUCACUCCAUUUACUAUUAUACUAUAAAUUAACAAUUUCCAUUCCUCAAGUUUACUCCAACACAAAACCUAAUUUGUUUGUUAGUUUGUUAGCAACACCCUAUCUAUCUCUCUACCCACUAAUUAACUAAUUCAAUCCAUUGAUUGAUUGCAACAUUCCAUUAACCUCCACUCAUUCUUCACUGUUGUUUAAUUUGUAAUCUGUGAAUGCUACUUGAUAUUUAAGGGGGUUUCUGUACUGUUAUACACACGAGGUUUACAACAACAACAGUAAUCAAGGGAAAAUAGAAGAAGAAAAUAUGAGUCUAUCGUCUUUGAUUAUCCGAGAAGAUGAGAUUGAAAUUCAUGCGGAAGAAGAGUGUUCCAUAUCAUCUGAAUCACCAUCUACAUCAAUUGAGGACCGCCGGAACCACAGUAAUAGCACCACCAGCAGCAGUAGCUCAUCUUCUUCUCCGCCGCCGCAAUUGGACUGGCCUACUAACAAUUCAACCAAUAAUAAUGUCAUCAAAGAUGAUGCUGAGAAACCCCAUUUGGAUGUUGCGGAAGCCAAAUCAAUAGACAAACUAGAGAAACAAGUCUCUACUAACAAAAUUUCCGAAAUUGAGAUGAUGAAGGAGAGAUUUUCAAAAUUGUUACUUGGUGAAGACAUGUCUGGCUCUGGCAAAGGGGUUUGCACUGCUUUAGCCAUUUCAAACGCCAUUACCAAUCUAUGCGCCACCCUCUUUGGGCAGCUAUGGAGGUUAGAACCUGUAUCACCGGAGAAGAAAUCAAUGUGGCAAAGAGAAAUGGAAUGCCUUCUAUGUGUCAGUGACCACAUUAUCGAAUUGAUACCUUCCUGGCAAACAUUUACCGACGGAACCAAGCUUGAGGUCAUGACUUGCAGACCCCGGUCAGAUAUUUGUAUCAAUCUUCCCGCUCUUCGCAAACUGGAUAACAUGCUUCUUGAAAUACUAGAUAGUUUUACAGACACGGAAUUCUGGUAUGUUGACAAAGGGAUAGAAGCUCCAGAUGCUGAUGGCUCGGCCUCUUUCCGUAAACGUCCCUUGCAGCGCCAAGAGCAGAAGUGGUGGCUACCUGUACCUCGUGUACCACUGGGAGGUCUCCAGGAAAGUUCACGGAAACAGUUGAAGCAUAAGCGUGAUUGCACGACCCAAAUCCUUAAAGCUGUCAUGGCCAUUAACAGCAUUGCUUUGGCCGAAAUGGAAGUGCCUGAAUCAUUCUUAGAAGCUCUUCCAAAGAACGGGAGAGCCAGCUUAGGAGAUGUUAUAUACCGUUACAUUACGUCAGAUCAGUUCUCUCCAGAAUGCCUUCUCAAUUGUCUCGAUCUAACACCGGAGCACCAGGCUCUAGAGAUUGCUAAUCGGGUUGAAGCCUCCAUUUAUGUGUGGCGACGAAGAACAAACUCGAGAACGGCAAACAAUAAUAGUACCAGGUCCACACCAAAAUCGUCGUGGGAGAUGGUUAAAGACUUGAUGGGUGACGGAGAUAAGAGGGAAUUGCUUGCAAACAGAGCUGAAAGCCUCUUGCUUUGCCUGAAGCAGCAGUUCCCUGGUCUUUCUCAGACUACAUUGGAUAUGAGCAAGAUCCAAUUCAAUAAGGAUGUUGGAAAAUCCAUUCUGGAGAGCUAUUCACGAGUUCUUGAAAGCCUAGCGUUUAACAUUGUAGCUCGUAUCGAUGAUGUUCUGUAUGUAGACGACUUGUCCAAGAAUUCAGAUCAGUCAUCAUCAGUUCCUACCAUCAGCGUGAUUGCUCACAAGAAGGUUUCCAUUCCACAUUCUUCUUCUGCACCUCUCUCGAGUACUACUCCCUAUGCAACGGCUUAUACCACUCCGAGUUACUCACCAGCACCUAUGGUUAGCCCUGCAAAUGGAGGAGUCCUGAACAGCGCCAAGCCGUAUCACCGUGGGUUUGGAGUAAAGAAGGUCUUAACAGAUUAUCUUGGUGCUGAGACUAAGACCAAAAAUGCAGGGAAUCUUGCAGAUGCGUCGUCAGAUUCUAUCCCAGGCUCGUUUCGAUCAUCUUCAAGUAGGGUGGUCAGUUGAUGACUUAAAUUGUUCAUAUUAUCCCUUCCCCCCAUUGACAGAAGAAUAGACUUGUCCUAGGAAAUGUGAUGUAAAUUUGAGAGCGAUGAUAUCAUGCUAAAAUCAUCCUAUUGUGUUUUGUUCUUGUGUGAUGAGUUUUAUGUCAUGUGUGACAGUUUGAUACUGAUUUUUUUUCGACAUUAUAAAGAGGCUGAACUUGA